AUGACCGACCAAGACAGCAACGCGCCCCAGGGCCUACCUUCUGUCGAGGGGCUGGCUGCUAUCACCCUGAUUGCAGAGGAGAUUGCGCGUAUAGAUGACCUCCGAACCCAAGAGCGCUUGACCGCGCAUCGAGCCUUCGAACAACAUCCGCAGCCGCCUGUACCGAGUUUCCCGACGACCCAACAUGACCGCGCACAGCAGCCUUCGGAAGAGGUCCAGGAACCUUCGCUCUCCCGACCCAGCCGAUCGCAACGAGGUCUCCAACGAUCCCCCAACAUCGUGAAUUACAGCCUCAGGGAUAGGUUCAAAACCCAACAGGGCCACAAACAACAGUCUCCGGGCGAGGGCCAGCAAGCCCCUGCAUCAAACGCCCCGACGCUGGACCACAACCUCGGCGCAGAGGACAGAUGCGAGGAACCCGAUCUCCCGAAAGAGACAGCCAAAACGAUACAAGCGCGCUACGAUGGGCUGAAGAAAUCCCGAUGUUCUGUCGCGCAUUGGGGCAUCUGGCGCCAGACGAACCCUACGCCGCAUAAGCGCUUUGUCCCUAAUCUCCGUACCCACAAGGUCACGCUAGAUGACAAGUCCUUCCAACUCGACCGCUUAUUCUCCCACGACGCCACACCGGGCGACAUCUUCGCUGAGCUUGAGCCAUGGGUUCUCCAUCUCUCUUCGAAGCUGGCAGAGGGCAAAUACCACUGCCUUGUUCUUCUUGCCUUUGGAUUCUCUUGUCUGGGCAAGACGCGGGUAAUGACGGGCGACGCUGCAGGUGGCCCAUUCACCUUGAACACGUCUGUGAUCGGCUGCACAUCCCAACUUCUCUUCGAGCACAAGCCACCAGAGGUUCGUGUUGUCAGACGAUUGAUAGAGAUACGUCCAAGCGAAAAUAAGCAGAUUGAAGUAUAUUCUCUCGAGUGA